AUGGUAGCAAGUGACCUGUCCUACCUGUUGUUCUACGACACAUUUGAGCACACGGAACAUGUGGAGGAGUCUCAGAUAGAUAUGAUCAGCUUCAACACACCUGUUAUUCUACACGAGAUACGGAGCGUAAUAAAGUGGACACGUUGUACGAGUGUUUGUCUCCUGAAGGUUCCCCCAGCAGAGCCAAUGCUCCUAAACCACCCACCUCAUCUAAAGCUGAUUACGAGGAGUUAUCAGACGAGGAGCUGCCAGUAACAGAGGAGGGAGGAGGAGAGAAGAAGGGAGAGGAGCGGAGAGAGGAGCAGGUGGAGGGGGCGGAGGAGGAGGAGGAGGCCGUGCCGGCCUGGAUAUUCGUCAGUGUUAAUUACGAUCCCUACUCCUUCAGGCCAGCUCCUUUGACUUACUUCCACACUCCAACUGCUACAUUCUACCAGAAAAACGCUAAACGUAUGGCAUCUAAAAACCAAGGGAGACCGUGGACUGUUAAAGCUCCCCCGAAUGUAACUAAGUUAACGAAACUAGUACAAGGACAUGGUAGUAACCCUGAAGUAACCGCUAAGUGGAUACUGGCUCUCGAACAAUGCCAUGGGCUGGUAUCUAAUUUCCUGCACUACGUAACCAAGGAAGAUCUCAAGUCGAUGGUAACUCUGCUGGGGAAGUGGGUCCUGUCAGCUCUCUCUCUGACUGCUCUGUCUGGUCUGCAACCUGGCCUCAAUGUUAGGGGACUAAAAGCUGGUUUGAUGCUGAUGGAUGCCCUUUGUAGUUGCUCACCGGAGGUGGUGGACAUCCUCCUGAAAGAGAAUGUGGUACACAAACUGCUGAGAACUCUAGCUGAACCUAGUCUCGGUACUCCUACCAGACUUCUUGUUUUGAAGGUAAGUUAGAACUCUAGCUGAACCUAGUCUCGGUACU